GGCUGGCUGUGCGCCCAGCGCGGGAGCGGGGAAUUCCGCUUUCCCGAGGGAAGAGGCCCGGCAGAGAGGCCGCUGAGACCCGUUCUUUGCAGCCCUUGCGAAUCCCGGGGCAGCGGUACCCGCACCGUUGGACAGAUUCUUCGCAUCGCCAUUGUAAGUGGGAGGGUAAAUCCAGUCCUCGUUUCUUUAACUUGGCCAGAAGUGGAAGUGAGUCAUAGUUUCUGGAAACUCAUCAUGAAUUCCCUGAAGCCUGAAGAGAACAAGUCAUCCAGUGCCACAGAAAAUGGCCAGAGUACCAGACCUGAAGUUUCAAAGGAUACUGCCAUCAAGCAGACCUGUCCAGGAAGAAUUGCUGUUCAGUCUCUAUCUGACAUAAAGGAGUGUGGCAGGGCCAGUAAGCUUAGAAGUGAAGUCAAGCAUGAAACAUCUGUAGAAAUCCAGAAUCCAGACUUGAGCACCAUUAAAAAAUGUUACUUUACUUUUACUUUGAAUAAAAACUCCAAGAAAUCCGACCGUAGUAUAUUUAAAGCACAUGGUAAACCAAAUGAGAGUAUCGACUCAGCCCUGAGAGCCAAUAACAAUUUCAGUGAAAGGAUGAAGAAUCAUUUGGAUAAGCACAUUCUUGUUUAUGAAGAAAAAACAAUAGGAGGAUAUGUAAAUUUAGGAAUGCCUCUCAAGUGCCUACCUACUGGCUCCCAUUUUAAAAUAACAUUUGGUCAAAGAAAGAGUAACCAGGAAGGUGAUCAGAUGUUACGCCAGUGUGAAAAUCCAUACAUGGAAUGCGUUCUUUUUCACGUUGUUGCUGUUGGGAAGAGGAUAAAGAAGAUUCUUAAGAUCAAUGAACUUCAUGAAAAAGCAACUACACUUUGUGUCUAUGCCCUAAAGGGUGAGACUAUCAAAGAAGCUCUAAGCAAGGAUGGUCGAUUUCGAUCGGACCUCGAUGAAUUUGAAUGGGAAGUAAUGGAAGAUCAUAAGACAAUUCAUGGAAAAGAGUCCCUGGCGGAUGAUGUGUCUGGAAAAACUUUAGAAAUGGACAUUUUUAAGAAACAAGUUGCCAGGAAAGGUACCCAUAAUAAAAUUAAAAAAGAGAAUGAAAAUACCACUGAAGAAAUCUGUCCGCAGGAUCCAGUACAGUCUGAGGUUAGAGAACAUGAACCAGAGGAAGAUGAGGAGACUGAAGAUGUAGAAUACAACAGAGGAAAAAUUCUCCCAUCUCGGAAUCUAGGGCGUGAUAUUAAAGGUAAAAGACAACGUACAAUUUUCAGAAUUAGAAGUUAUUACAGUAGUAGUUUCAGCAGAAAAUAUAGGAGAAACAACUCACGUAUUAGGCAAAGGCCCCAUCCAGGUAUGCAACAUGUUAAUCAGUAUAUCCAAAGGAGGGCAACUAACCUCUGGCUGAAGUAUUUGCAAAGGUUGGACAAAGUGAUAAUGGAUCAAUAUCCAAAUUUUAAUGAAGAGGCGCUUUGUAUGACAAAGUAUUUUCAGGAUGAACAGAAGAAAACCAAACUGCCACCAUUUCAACAAUUCAGCAUUUAUAAAAAGUACUUCGGAAAGGUGACCGAAAAUUCUACUUCUGUUGCAACCUGUGAAGAUCUUAUUCAUCUUAGUAAGUCGGUUGGGUUCAUGAAAUGGGAUAAUAAUGGAAAUACAGGCAAUGCUACUUGCUUUGUCUUCAAUCACGGUUAUAUUUUCACCUGUCGACAUGUAAUACAUCUUAUGGUGGGAGAAGGCACAGAUCCAAGUUUGUGGCCAGAUAUAAUAAGCAAAUGUGCAAAGGUAACUUUUGCUUAUAAAAAGUUCUGCCCUACGGAUGUCGAUUGGUUUUCCAUUGAGCCAUGGUUUGAAGUGUCUGAUGGAACUCUAGAUUACGCCAUCUUAAAGCUAAGAAAAAAUGAAAAUGAAUUUCCUCCAGGCCUGUUUGGACAGAUUUCCUCUCAACUGCCUAGUGGUUUGAUUUAUUUAAUUGGUCACCCAGAAGGCCAGGUCAAGAAAAUAGAUGGCUGUGCUGUGAUUCCUCGGAAUCAGCGGUUAGAGAGGUACCCAGAGCAUCAUCAGGAUGGGUUGAUAGCACCCCAUGCUGCCACUUACAAUGUUUUCUCUAUGUUUACCCAACGAAGUUUCCUAUCAGAGGUUUGGCGCACAGACACACUUAGCUAUGAUACUUGUUUUUCCAGUGGGUCCUCUGGCUCCCCAGUGUUCAAUGCAUCUGGAAAAUUGGUUGCUGUUCAUACCGUUGGGCAUUUUUAUCAACAUGGAGAUAAAGUAUAUGCCCUUAUUGAAUUUGGCUAUUCUAUGGGGUCAAUUCUUUGUGAUGUUAAACAGAAAAAUGAGAGCUUGUAUAAAUUAUUAAAUGAAGAGAAAAAUGAGAACCAUAAUGAAGACCAAAAUAACAAGUCCUUUCAAGAUCAUCAGAUUGAACUGAUGGAACAUUAGAAAAAAAGAUGUUUUCAAGAAAAUAUGCCAAGAAUUUAGAGUAUUCAGGGCUGUUUUCCUUAAAGUAUAAUGAAUAUUCUUUUUUAAUUAGAAAAUGAUGUGGAUGUUCAAAACACAUUUAA